AUGACCUCCCAACCAUCCACUUCCAAUCCUAUGUACUAUGAUCAAUUGUAUGGAGCGGAGCAAAUGAUUCAGUACACACCAAUGGAUUAUCAAACAAAUUUGUUAUGUGGAAUGCAGUAUUUCAAUAAUUCGCAUAAUCGAUACCAGUUUCCCGUCCCCAUCCCCCAUAUGUCAUCUCCUUAUACAGUCAGUCAUCACCCUCCAAAUCUUCACAAUAUGCACACAACGAACAGUCUUGAUGAGUCACCACCGUUUAAUGGAUUUAUUGGAACAAUGCUCAUUCCUCCUCCUCAAAUUGCAUAUAACAACAAUUCUAUUUUUACUCCACCUCCACCUCCUCCACCUUCUCAACCAUCUCAACCACCUCAACCAACACCUCAACAACAACCACAACAAGCACAACAAGCAGCAUCAUCUCAACCUCCGCCAUCACAAUCAGUCUCACAUCAAACAUCGUCACAUUCACAAAAUGCUGGAGCAGUUCUCACGACAGCGAUGGAUUCAUGUCAGCAGAUUUCACAUGUUUUACAAUGUUAUCAACAGGGCGGAGAAGACAGUGAAUUUGUACGGAAAGCCAUCGAAUCACUCGUGAAAAAGUUAAAAGACAAGAGAAUCGAACUAGAUGCUCUCAUCACAGCAGUUACUUCAAACGGGAAACAACCAACUGGAUGUGUCACAAUUCAGAGGUCACUAGAUGGACGUCUUCAAGUAGCAGGUCGUAAAGGAGUCCCACACGUCGUUUAUGCCAGAAUUUGGAGAUGGCCAAAAGUCAGCAAAAACGAACUGGUGAAACUUGUUCAAUGCCAAACAUGUGCCGACCAUCCAGAUAAUAUUUGUAUAAAUCCAUAUCACUACGAACGAGUUGUUUCGAAUCGAAUAACAAGUGCAGAUAACACUCUUCAUGGCGGAGAUAUUCCAAUGAAAAAUGAAUAUAUGGGAGAGCAGGGAAUGAUUGAUGGUAGUUAUGGUGAUUGGCCAAGUACUCCUCCUGAUAACAAUUUUAAUGGAGGGUUCCCAACAUCAAAUGUCCAACAUACAUCACCUCAAUUGCCCCCAUUGAUAUCUGAUAUUCCCCUUGAUCUCACACAAAUAAUUGUUCCAACACCAUCUCAGCCAUUAGAUAAUUGGUGCUCAAUUAUUUAUUAUGAAUUGGAUACACAAAUCGGAGAAACUUUUAAGGUUAGUGCUCUGGAUCACGGAAAAGUAAUUGUGGAUGGUGGAAUGGAUCCACAUGGAGAGAACGAAGGAAGAUUUUGUCUCGGUGCACUUUCAAAUGUGCAUAGAACAGAUGCUAGUGAGAAAGCAAGAAUCCACAUUGGCGGAGGUGUUGAACUGACUGCACACGCCAAUGGAAACGUCUCCAUCACUUCGAACUGCAAAAUCUUCGUGAGAUCUGGAUAUCUUGACUACACUCAAGGAGCUGAAUAUAGUAGUAAAGCACACCGUUUCACUCCAAAUGAAGCCACAUUUACGGUAUUUGAUAUCAGAUGGGCAUACAUGCAAAUGCUUCGCCGCAGUGAAUCGAGUAAUGAGGCUGUUCGUGCUCAGGCAGCAGCAGUCGCCGGUUAUGCGCCGAUGUCCGUGAUGCCAGCAAUUAUGCCAGAUAGCGGAGUCGAUAGAAUGCGUCGAGACUUCUGUACAAUCGCAAUUUCAUUCGUGAAGGCAUGGGGAGAUAUUUAUCAGAGAAAGACUAUCAAGGAAACUCCAUGUUGGAUCGAAGUAACCCUCCAUCGUCCACUUCAGUUACUUGACCAACUUCUCAAAAAUAGUUCUCAAUUCGGAAGUUCUUAA